UACCACAAUUGCGCUCGGGAUGAGACCAUUCAUCCCAUCUUUUCAAAGAUAUUGCCCCACGUCCAUUAGAUGGCCGUUUUCUUGGCGCGAAAAGCCUGUUCAAUUGCCAAUUGAGCAGGUCUAUUCGACUUACCGCCAUGGCGUCUCAUACCUCAACCAGUGGCCCUUGACGCUGCCCAAGGCUCGAUUUUAUCAUUCCGGUGCUUUUGGUCAAGAAGAUCCGACUAUAUACGCUCUCUCAACUGCCUCCGGAAAGGCGGCCAUAGCAGUUAUCCGUAUCUCUGGUCCAGCAUGUAGACAGAUACACCAAGAGCUUUGCCCCUCCAAGCCAAUCCCCAGGCCUCGGCAAGCAACGCUCCGAAAGCUGUAUUCUCCUCAUCUACCCCCUUCACCGUCCACCCUGCUUGAUUCGGGGUCAUUAGUUUUAUACUUCCCGGCUCCCAACACGGUCACUGGUGAAGAUGUCCUCGAAUUCCACGUCCAUGGUGGCCCGGCAAUUGUGCGGGCAGUCCUUUCUGCCAUACCGCAAUGCGCUGAUACCCCUAGCUCAAGACUGGCCUCUACUACGCAUCUGAUAAGAUACGCCGAACCCGGAGAGUUCACCCGCCGCGCCUUCGCUAACAAUCGCAUGGACCUCCCCCAGAUUGAGUCCCUUGGAGACACAUUGUCUGCCUCCACGGAACAGCAGCGCAAACUCUCAGUGCGUGGCACAACGUCUUCGCUGGCGGCGCGCUACGAACAAUGGCGCAUGCUGUUACUUCAAGCGCGCGCUGAGCUGGAGGCGUUGAUCGACUUCUCCGAAGACCAGCACUUUGACGAAUCGCCUGCCGUGCUAUGCGCAUCCAUCGCGCAGCAUGUGCAGAUGUUGAAUGUCCAAAUCGAAGCGCAUGUCGCCAACGCCGUCCGAGGAGAACUUUUGAGAAGUGGCAUUAGCAUUGCCCUUCUUGGCGCACCCAAUGCAGGGAAGAGCAGCCUUCUCAACCGCAUUGUUGGUCGCGAAGCAGCGAUCGUAUCACAGGAAGCCGGCACGACUCGAGAUGUUGUCGAGGUCGGCGUUGACCUAGGAGGCUGGCUAGUCAAGAUUGGAGACAUGGCUGGAUUGCGUCGAGCAGGUCUUGUAGGGCCUGGUGUUAUUGGGGCUGUCGAACAAGAAGGCAUCAAGCGAGCCAAAAAACGAGCGCUCGACUCCGACGUCUUGAUCGUCGUCCAAGACGCCAGUGCCGAGAUAGAUCCAGAAGUCACGGAAACGGCAAAACAAUGUGUAGAUCUGGGCAUUAACGUCGUUGUUGCUAUUAACAAGAUCGAUCAAGUCCAACCCUCCACCCCAGUACAAAACUGGAAAGCAAAGCUUCAAUCUAUCCUCAGCGUCCCAGACGAGCGCAUCUUCUUCAUUUCUUGUAAGGAAGCCUCAACAUCUAGCGCCGAAUUAAACAAAGACCCAGGAAACAUACAAUUUUUCCUCCGCGGCCUCCUCCAGACUUUCAAUGACAUGACAUCCGCACUCGUCCCAGACUCGGGACCCGAUCCGUCCAUCUGGCAAGAAUCCCUCGGCGCAACGGAGCGCCAGCGAAUUCUCCUUUCCGAAUGCCUCUCCCACCUCAGAUCAUUCUUGACAGCUGUCCAUGGUUACGCUAACGACGCAGCAGCACCGCAAAACCAAUUUACCCAGGCGCUUGAAUCUCCCGAUCCCUCGGGCGACGUUGACGUCGACAUCGUCGUAGCCGCCGAAUCCCUCCGCCUAGCCGCAGAAACACUCUCGCGGAUAACAGGCCGAGGUGAAUGCGGCGAUGUCGAAGAAGUGUUGGGGGUUGUAUUUGAGAAGUCAGUCCUCAUCCUUCCAUUCCCAGUCCUCCGUUCCGCCCCGCCCCACACCGCACCGCACAAUUUCGGUCUCCGUUGCGAUACGUGUCUCACCUGCGUGAGUAAUAUCAGUGGUAUCGAUACCGCGGCUACGCCUUUCCGAAAGCGCCCGGUAGGAGAAUCACCCUAACUGUGCCAUGCUUCGCCCCGCACACAAGCCACACCCCUUAUGACGUUGCGAAAGGGUUGUGGAGUGAGGUAUGUGGCACGGUUAGUUGGUGAAAGUGGAGUCCAUUCAACCGGCCGUUUUCAACGCGUUGUUUCGAAAUAUCGGGCGGCUCCACUUCCCGCAUCACCAGAUCUGAGUUUCAGAGUUGGGGAGCCUACCGUCUCACGUGCUUGUUUCUCGUCCCGCACGCCCUUU